AGGACAACUACAUGCGCAUAAUCAUAGACGUUGGAUAUAUUUUACCAUUUUGUAUGUGCAGUUGUGCUGUUCCAGAACGUGCGUAUUAUUUAAGUAUUAAAAAUUUAUAAAUAGUAAAAAUGUUACGACAUAUUCUACAACCAAUUGUUCGAAAUACACGAAUUGGUGUGCGAUCUUACCAUGUACCUGAUAAUGUCAAACCACCAAGUAUGGAUGAAAUACCCGUACCAAAUGGUUCUUGGCAAGAAUCACAUGCUAAGCUCCAGAGAAAAUAUAAUUUACAAUUAAUAGCUGGUAUCGUUAUAUUUAUUGGAACCAUAGCAUAUGGUAGAGUAACUGGAUUACUUUGGCUUAACUACAGUGCACCAGUUCCAAAAGAUGAAGACUAAGUAAAAUGAAUAUUUAAAUAUAAUAUUGUAGCAGUUAAUAAAUAUAACUAUGAUAUAAUUGCUUUAUUGUAAAACAUAAUAAA